UCAAUACACACUGACAGAGUGGAAAAGUAGUAAAAAAUAGGCAGCGCUGCCAAUUGGGAUCUAUCAUAUAAGAAUAUAUUUUAUUGUGUUUUGCGUGUAAUUUACAAUAAAAUAUUAUUACAUUGCGUUUCUAAAAUGUUCACACGUCUCUUGAGACAUCGUACAAUCACACGUAAUUUUAGUACAUUGGUGACACAAGACCAAAAUGCCACUCGCUAUAUAACACGUUCGAACUGGCGUUAUGGAGUGUUGCAGCGGCGCGUUGACGGCAGCAGCAGAGCGCUUGUACUCCAAACAACAACCAGCUGGAGCUCACGCAAUUACUGCACCAAUCGCAAAAAAGAUGAAGAAGAAGAAGUGGAGGUUGAAUCCACCGAGUACAUUGUAAACAAGGAUCCACAACUGCCUGCAACUGUGGCUGUACCGGAAGUCUGGCCGCAUGUGCCGCUGCUUGCGACACGACGUAAUCCAGUCUUUCCGCGUUUUAUGAAAAUUCUAGAAGUUUCAAAUCCAAUGGUUAUUGAUUUGAUAAGGCGCAAGGUGAAAUUAAAUCAGCCAUAUGUGGGUGUAUUCAUGAAAAAGGAUAAUGAUAAUGAAUCGGAAAUCGUUGAAAAACUAGAUGAAGUGUACAAUGUUGGUACUUUUGCGCAAAUCCAAGAGCUCCAAGAUUUGGGCGAUAAGCUACGCAUGGUUGUUGUGGCACACAGGCGUAUAAAAAUCACAGGCCAAAUUUUGGAAGAUUUAGUGCCACCGCAGAAAGAGAAGAAGACGACAAUACAUUUUCCACUCUUUAAUGUAAAAUUGAACAUCCCAGCUGAAGAACAGGAAUUGGAGCGUCGUAAAUUAGCACGUAAGGUGCGCACAGGUCGUCUCUCCAAACGAGAUGCCAAUCAGUCAGCCAAAACGCCAACUGAAAAACCAGAAGAAAUAGCUACACCACCACCAGCUGUCGGUGCUGUACCACCGGCAGAAGGCACAGCCCAGAUACCGCCAAUAACUGGUAAUAUUCCGCAACCAGUGCUAAUGGUUGAAGUAGAAAAUAUAAAGCACGAACAGUACAAACAAACAGAGGAGGUGAAAGCGCUCACUCAGGAAGUAAUAAAGACAAUACGUGAUAUUAUUACAAUGAAUCCUCUUUACAGAGAGAGCUUGCAACAAAUGUUGCACCAAAAUCAACGCGUCGUUGACAAUCCAGUAUAUCUCUGUGACUUGGGUGCCUCACUAUCAGCUGCCGAACCAGAAGAAUUACAGAAAAUCAUGGAGGAAAUGGAUAUACCUAAGCGUUUACUGCUUGCUUUGGCUUUGCUCAAAAAAGAGCUAGAGUUAUCGAAGUUGCAGCAGAAGAUCGGACGUGAGGUUGAGGAGAAGGUAAAGCAACAACAUCGCAAAUACAUACUCCAAGAACAGCUUAAAGUGAUUAAGAAAGAAUUGGGCAUUGAAAAAGAUGAUAAAGAUGCUAUUGGCGAGAAAUACCGUGAGAAAUUGAAAGAUAAAACGGUUCCCGAAAAUGUGAUGACCGUUAUUGAUGAGGAAUUGAAUAAGCUGAAUUUCUUGGAGAGCCAUAGCUCGGAAUUCAACGUCACACGUAACUACUUGGAUUGGCUAACGUCACUGCCCUGGGGUGUCACGAGCACCGAGAAUUUGAGUCUGGAACAAGCGCAAAAGAUCCUAGAUCACGACCACUAUGGUAUGGAGGAUAUUAAGAAACGAAUUUUGGAAUUCAUUGCUGUAAGCCACCUGAAAGGUAGCACACAGGGCAAAAUUCUUUGCUUCCAUGGACCACCGGGUGUGGGUAAAACGAGUAUUGCACGCUCCAUCGCACGGGCUCUGAAUCGUGAAUACUUCCGCUUUAGUGUUGGUGGCAUGACUGAUGUUGCAGAAAUCAAAGGCCAUCGUCGUACAUAUGUAGGCGCCAUGCCUGGCAAACUGAUACAAUGCUUGAAAAAGACAAAGACUGAGAAUCCGCUGGUGCUAAUUGAUGAGGUGGACAAAAUUGGCAAAGGUUACCAAGGUGAUCCCAGCUCUGCUUUGCUUGAACUCCUCGAUCCCGAACAGAACGCCAAUUUCCUCGAUCAUUACCUUGAUGUGCCCGUCGAUCUCUCACAUGUGCUCUUCAUUUGCACAGCAAACGUUAUCGAUACAAUACCUGAACCACUGCGUGAUCGUAUGGAACUUAUUGAGAUGUCCGGCUAUGUGGCUGAAGAAAAAAUGGCAAUUGCCCGACAGUACCUGAUACCACAAGCGAUGCGCGACUGUGGCAUUACUAGCGAUCAUAUAAGCAUUGAAGAUGAUUCACUAAUAACUUUAAUUAAAAGCUAUUGUCGCGAAUCGGGCGUACGAAAUCUGCAAAAACAAAUUGAAAAGAUUGUACGCAAAGUCGCCUAUCGUUUUGUGAAAAAGGAAGGUACACAGUUCACAAUAACAGGCGAUAAUCUAACUACGUUCCUUGGCAAACAUAUCUUCUCAUCCGAUCGCAUGUACGAAGAAACACCACCGGGCGUUGUUAUGGGCUUAGCGUGGACUGCCAUGGGCGGCUCAUCGCUUUACAUCGAAACCGCAGCGCGUAGAUCCACUAAAUUGGAAAAAGACGAAGAUUCUAGUGGUUCAAUACACAUUACCGGUAAUCUAGGCACUGUCAUGAAGGAAUCGGCACAAAUUGCUUUGACUGUUGCGCGAAAUUUCAUGCGCAACUCAAACGCGGACAGUGCGUUCCUUGAGCGCGGACACAUACACUUGCACGUUCCGGAGGGAUCUACUCCCAAGGAUGGUCCCAGCGCCGGCGUGACUAUUGUAACGGCACUAAUAUCGCUGGCAUCAAACCGCCCUGUGCGUCAAAAUAUCGCCAUGACUGGUGAGGUUUCCCUUAAAGGCAGAGUACUGCCUGUAGGCGGCAUUAAAGAGAAGACAAUUGCUGCAAAACGCUCUGGUGUCACCUGUAUAAUAUUACCCGAAGAGAAUAAAAAAGAUUUCGCUGAACUACCAUCAUACAUUACCGAUGGCCUUGAAGUGCAUUUCGCUACCACCUAUGAUGAUGUAUAUAAAAUCGCUUUUUCCAAUUAGUUGAUGCCCAGAAAGUGUUCCACACAGCAAUAUGUGAAGUAACAAAUUUAGUCGAAAGUUAAUGCUAAGCAUUAUACGAAUAUACUAUUAUUUCAAUUUUGUAAUUGGUAAUUGUUUAAAACAAAUAUAUAUAAACAUAUGAAUAUAAUAUUGUAUAGGUUAGUUACUUCAAAAUUUGUUUUUCACGAUGAAACAAACUAGCAAGUAUUAAACAAACAUUUUAUUUAAUAAACGGCUUUUUAAGGAUGCAA